CCUUUCGGGCUGUAUCGUUACACGGCGGUGGACCGUAUGUUGCUGCUCUCCGCAUCUCGGCUGAGGCUCGCCCAGGGCUUUCGGCCCCGCUGCUCCAUCCUGUCAGCUCUGCUGCCUCGUUUGUGCGUUGUGCGGUAACGAGCGCCGCUUAUCCUGAGGCCCCAAUCCUGCAAAGACUUCUGUCCGUGAUCAUCUCCGUACCCUGGCUUGGAGGGAUAUGAAGCCAAUUGGAAAAGUGCUUUGUGCUACGGGGAUCGUAGCUGGGCUCAUAGCUUUCUUCUGGAAAGACCCUUUUAACCCAGAGAGUUUGUCUGGUGCCCGCGUUCUCCUGUCUGGAGCCAGUGCUGGGAUUGGAGAGCAGAUGGCAUAUCGUUAUGCCAGAUUUGGUGCUGAAAUUGUUUUGACUGCUAGGAGGGAAGCUGUGCUGCAGAAGGUAAUGGAGAAAUGCCUGACACUUGGAGCAAAGAAAAUAUUUUAUAUCCCCGCAGAUAUGUCUUCCCCUUCAGAGCCUGAAAGGGCAGUUCAGUUUGCUGUCCAAAAGCUGGGGGGACUGGAUUACCUGGUGUCGAACCACAUUGGCAUGACCCGUUUCCAGAUGUGGGCUGGAGAUGUGGAGUACACCCGCCGGCUCAUGCAGGUGCUGCAGAGGGGCGAAGCCGUGUGACAAUGAGCGAUCCGAGAAGGUGCUGUGUGGCCAUGUUUGGAACUGGAUGCCCAUUUGAGGUGCCAGAAGUGAUGACAGCUGCAGUGUGUCUCUGGAACAAGCAGCUGAUGAAGAGGAACCUGGGGACUGCAGGAACAUCCCAGUUAGCUGAUGUGUGGCCCACACGUUUUCUGUUGCGGAUGGAUUCAGAUACCUGGCGCUCUGAAAGCUAGAUGCAGACAGACAAGAUGCGCACCAAAGAGCGGCAGAGGAGGCGAGCAGAGCGCCGUAUGAAGGCGUGAAGCUGGAUAUCAACACGGGAGGUGACUCGGGCCAGGUGGGGUGCAAGCAGGGCAGCCCAAAAUGAUGGAGGCCGGGUGAGCAAGCGGCUGAGGUGCUGCAGGGAGCCUCGGAGGGGCGAAGCGGCGUGUCAAUGAGCGGUCCCAGAAGGAGCCGUGUGGCCACUGUUGGAACUGGAUACGCAUUUGAGGCGCCACAGGCGAUGACAGCCACGGUGUCUGUCUCUGGAAGGAGCAGCUGAUGAAGAGGAACCAAGUGACUGCAGGGCCGUCCUGGUUUGCCAAUGCGCGGCACGCAGGUUUUCU